AUGUAUAUAGAACUAUAUUUCCCAGAAACGUUUAAGAAUUUGACAAACGCUUUGAAAAUUGAAAAAAGUUGAAUUGCCGAAGUCAACCAUUAGGUGGUAAUUACGUAAAUGAUUCAUGAACUGCAUUUGUAACCACUAAGCACAUGCUAUCCUCAACCCUAAAUACAGUCACAUUCAAGAGCGUAUAGGUUUGGUUUGAACAUUGGUGGGAACACAGUUUUACCAAAUACUUGACAAAUCCUUUUACAAGUUUGCAGGUACUAGCUAGCAUAGCUUCGACUGCAACUACGACAUCGUCUUCAAGACAAAUGAAUGUCCGAUAGCUAGUCUAGCAAGCAGACAAUUCCGUAGUUGUGUUCCAGAGCUAGCAACUUUAGGCUCGUUAACUUUAGAAAUACCGAUACACAUCUUCAACAAUAAUUUACAGGAGUGUAAUAUAAUUCGAUUUUAAUCGUUUAUUAUUUUCAUUAAAUCUCUUCUGAAUCUCGCUUCAACGCUCACCUACUGGCACUAUAACAGUUACGGGAUGGUACACAUGUGAUCAGCACUCUCCUGCCAAUCAAUAAGGCUGACCUUCAGAGUUAACGGGAGCAGAAAAUGUUAAAAGAAUGGAAAAAAAUAAUAUUAGUCUCCAAUUAUUGGUUGGGACAAUUACAUGUUUGCUAACAUUGGUGGGGACAUGUCCCUACCGUCCCACCCUAAAUUUACGCCUAUGGUCACAUUCCCAAAUCAGCAACCAGGGCCCAGGAGCCAUGACCUAAAAAAUAUCUGUCGAAAUAUAAAUUAAAAUACAAUUCAUAUAUAUUUUUACCAUUUCAAUCUUGCAUAUUUUUAUUGCGCCUCUGUCUAACAAUUGUGUGAGUGUGAAAACUGUGAAAGGGCAACACGAGUCCAUUCCUGGUAGAAAACAGUCAGACGAUUGGUUUAAUUGUGGACUGCCUGUGGACACCAGUCUUGUGAACUGCCCCCCUGCAUCAGCUGACACGCAGGAUGAUUUGCCAGCUGAACACACUGGUUUCCUGAUGUUGCCGUGCAUGUGCACUCAGGCACACAGAACUCCGACAGUGAAUACAGACAAAACAAUUACUGGAUUUUUUCAUCACUGGAAUGCAAGCAACAGUGCAGUACAAACUGACUUUAAGAGACUAGAAGAAGAUAAUCGUAAAAGUCAUACACUGUGCAUGUCCUUAUGAAGGAUGAUUUUAAUAAUGUGUCAUGAAAGAUGUGUUAAUACCAACAGUGUGUACUUAAAAUGUACUGUUCACAUGUAUACAACCAGGUCUCCGGGUUCAGGUCUGUAUCAUAAUUUAUGGUCAUCAUAUCAUCAAAACCCGACCAUUAGAUUCUUAACAUCAAAGCUUUUUUCCCUCAAGAAUAUGACUCCCAAUUAAUAACCAUCUUCUAUUUCCUGUUAUGGUUAACUGCCAUUCGUGACCAGUUUGAAAGUGCCAUGAACAUAUUUAGCAUUUUUACUACAACAAAAAGACAGGGUAUGGUUUUCAAGGGCAUUCCAUACAAUCUCUUCACAUGAGUAACUUCUAGAUUAAGUCAUAAAUAGGCUCUUUGACAUAAUCAGUAGCAAACGGUUGGAGAUUGGGUCAAAGAAUUCACAACACAGGUUUAGUAAUCUGGCACACUGUCUGUCCUGAGAGAUUAUAGAGUAGCUAAAGAGUCUCUGGUUUCCUGGGAGACCACUCACUGAGGCCUCCUUUGAAAAGCCUGGCACCACUGCCAGGCAGGAGCAUUGAGUUUAGCUUAUUGUGUAAUAUUCAUUGAAUGCCUGUUUACAUGCGCAUGAAUUCAGGCCAAGAUGAAAAGCCUUCUACGGUGUCACGGCAACAAUUACACUCUGUCCCCAUAAUCAGAUGCUAACUGGGGUUUCCCACGGUACUGUGGUCCAGCAGAGACAGAGACCAGCCGGGCAGCGCUGCACCUCUGGGGAUGUGAUGAUAGACGAACCCUAGAAGCACUCCAGAGCUGUUUCUGCUGGUGAACUGAAUAAUAAUCGUAUGAUGCCAAGAUGGAGAAACAGACGGGAAAUAGACUCAUCUUCUCGUAUACUACGUUUCAUACGGGAGUAUUCAUGCGGUGUGUUCAUACCUGCAUGCAUGUCCUCCUCCUGUCAUAUGACUGCUCUACCAUGUGACUGGGGUUCUUACCAGAGAGCAAAGGGGUUAGAAGGGAGGGAGGGAGAGAGAGAGAGAGAGAGAGAGAGAGAGAGAGAGAGAGAGAGAGAGAGAGAGAGAGAGAGAGAGAGAGAGAGAGAGAGAGGAGAGAGAGAGAGGAAUGUGAGGCGGGAUGAAGAGAUGUGAGUAUCAAAGAAAGAGGGAGAGAAACAGAGACAGAGCCUCUGUUGAACUGACAAACUGGAACAUCACAAACUUGUACACAAUGAAGGUGUGAGCAGCGUGAGAGCAUCAAGCGUCCAGACUGGGGAUGAACGGCACCAUGAACCAGACCGAGGGACUUUACAGAGACAGCUAUGGUGUCUGGAGAGGUGACAAUGUCACACAAAACGUCUCCUCUGGUUUCAAGUCCCCCUUCUCACCUGUCAUGGACGCGGCCAUCAGCGGAAUCACCAUCAUCAUCCUCUUCAUCACCAUGGUGUCCCUUGGCUGCACCAUGGAAAUCUCCAAGAUCAAGUACCACAUCCUGAAGCCUAAAGGGGUGGCCAUCGCCGUGGUGGCCCAGUUUGGCAUCAUGCCCCUCACCGCCUUCAGCCUGGCCAAGGUCUUCCAGCUGGAGCCCAUCGAGGCUGUGACCGUGCUGAUAUGCGGCUGCUGUCCGGGGGGGAACCUCUCCAACAUCUUUGCCCUGGCCCUCAAGGGGGAUAUGAACCUAAGCAUCGUGAUGACAACAUGUUCCACUGUCGCGGCCCUGGGCAUGAUGCCUCUGCUGCUGUUCCUGUACUGCCAAGGGUUCGACAACCUAGAAAAUGCUGUUCCUUACACAGGCAUCACCUUAGCUCUCAUGAUGACCUUGGUGCCCUGUGCCAUUGGCAUAGCCAUCAACCACCACAAACCAAACUACUCUCCAAUCAUCACCAAGGUCGGUCUGAGCAUCCUAUUGGUGGCCUCUGUGGCCAUCGGGGUGAUGUCGGGCAUCACCAUUGGUGGAACAGUGUGGGUGGUGCUCUCACCCAAGCUGAUGGCUGCAGCUGCUCUGAUGCCCCUGAUUGGCUACCUGCUGGGCUACUUCCUGUCAACUGUCUUCAAGGUUGAUCACAAAUGCAGAAGAACCAUAGCCGUUGAGACAGGCUGUCAGAACAUCCAGCUGUGCUCCACCAUCCUGAAGGUGGCCUUUUCCCCCGAGGUCAUCGGACCCCUGUAUCUGUUCCCCCUCAUCUACAUCAUCUUCCAGGGUGGAGAGGCCCUGCUGUUCAUCCUCAUCUUCAGAUCUUACCAGACGUUCAAGCCGCAGCCUAAGGCAAAGCCUGUGUACCUGGCAGUGGAUGGGAAGCUGCAGGAGGUGAAGUUGCCUUAGGUUCAGAUCAUAAUCCUGGGAACG